AGCUCCUGGAGGCAGGGGCAGCGGGUGGGGGCCUAGUGGAGUAGAGGGGUAACAAGAUGGCGGCGGAGACGGUGGAGCUUCAUAAGCUCAAGCUUGCUGAACUAAAGCAGGAAUGUCUUGCUCGUGGUUUGGAGACCAAGGGAAUAAAACAAGAUCUCAUCAGCAGGCUCCAGGCAUACCUUGAAGAGCAUGCUGAAGAGGAGGCGAAUGAAGAAGAUGUACUAGGAGAUGAGACAGAGGAAGAAGAACCAAAGCCCAUAGAACUGCCUGUCAAAGAGGAAGAACCCCCUGAAAAAACUGUUGAUGUGGCAGCAGAAAAGAAAGUGGUAAAAAUUACAUCUGAAAUACCACAAACUGAGAGAAUGCAGAAGAGGGCUGAACGAUUCAACGUACCUGUGAGCUUGGAGAGUAAGAAAGCUGCCCGGGCAGCUAGAUUUGGCAUUUCUUCAGUUCCAACAAAAGGCCUGUCAUCAGACACCAAGCCUAUGGUUAACUUGGAUAAACUGAAGGAAAGAGCUCAAAGAUUUGGUUUGAAUGUCUCUUCAAUCUCCAGAAAGUCUGAAGAUGAUGAGAAGCUAAAAAAGAGGAAGGAGCGAUUUGGGAUUGUCACAAGUUCAGCUGGAACUGGAACUACAGAGGAUACAGAGGCAAAGAAGAGGAAAAGAGCAGAGCGCUUUGGGAUUGCCUGAUGAAAAGUUCUUAGUGCUUUUUGUUCUCCGAUGGUUUCCAUUGCUCUGAUUCUUCUUGGUCACAUGUAUACCUAAAUGCACAGUCAUGGGCCUAGGUCCUGCCUUGCAGUGAGAGAGCGUGUACCCCAGGUACAUCAGUGAAUUCCAGCAGCAGUUUGAUUUAUUGCCAUUUUAACUUCAAGGUGGUGUUGUGUUUUCUUGUUUGUAUUUUUUUUUUUUUUUUAAUUAUUUUACUUGUUAAUAAUAAUAA